AUGUCUAAAUUGUCUUUUCUAUUCGCUGUUUUACUUUUAUUUUAUCAAUAUAGCUUCAUUGAAGCUGGAUGUUAUCAACGACGAUUAUGUUGUGCCGGACGUAAUAAUACCUGUCGAGCUAAUGAUGAUGGCAUCGACCACCUACCAACAGUCAGUCCUUUAUCUAAUUUAUCGAAAGAUUUUAGCAAUUUGAAACCAGGGUUACAAACUCCUUAUUAUAAGAAAACUGACGACGGCUAUGAGCUCGUAUACCCAGCUAUUGUAGAGGUUGAUGGUCAAGAGAAAAUUGGCAAACUCAUCCUACCCGACGGUCAUGAAAUAGAAGUAAAUUCGGACGACAAUGGGCCUGCGAAGUUAAUUCAGAAAGCUCGUCUGAUGUCCACAACGACAACUCCGGCUCCUAAGAUAACGCACUUGAUAUUCGGCAAGCCUGAAACCAUUGAUGAAAAUCCUGAUGAAAGUUUGGUAUUCCAAUCUACCGGUUCAUCUGGAAGACCCAGACAUCUUUUGCUACGAUACUCGGUCAUCGCUCGACACUUACCUUUGACAGUAUCGACAACCACAAACGAGGAAGCGAAAAGCAAGGAGACAUAUAGUAUACAGUAUCUUGAAGCGGCUCCUAUAGACUGUUAUUGUGAUGAAGCAUGCAUUGGUUUAGGCGAUUGUUGUUCCGAUUACACAUUCGUCUGUCCGCCCAAAGAUUGUUUGGUCGGAGAUUGGGAGGCUUGGCAACCUUGCCGAGCAGAUCGGGGAAAAUGUGGCACAGGUGUCCAAAUACGAGAGCGGAAGAUCACCCAAGAACGAGAAGGUGGGGGAGCGGAAUGUCCGCCGUUGAAAGAAACGCGGAGUUGUUUCAAGCAUUGCCACCGAAGACAUCUGGCCGAUUUAACAACUGUAGCUCUGCUGAUCGAUUAUCGUUUCAAUACAACGAGAAAAAAUGUGAAGUCAAGGAGCCACUUUACUCGUCUACAGGCAGAGAAGUUAAAGACAGCUCAAUAUUACUGUGUAACAUACGAGAUAGGAUGGGUAAAUCAGAACUGUUUGAAUAGACAUAUAAGGUCUAGGCUACAUCGAGGAGCUUAUAUAUGUGCUGAGUGCCAACCUGAAGCGCAAGUUCAUCGAAACACUCCAAGGUGUGCAUCCGAUCUGGAUGAUGGUGAUGAAGGGUUCUGGAAGUUGAUCGGUCCACGUUCUUGCAAUGGAAUAUGGAGACGAGUUGAAAGAACUGAUAACUGUCGUUGUGCCCGAGAUCUCUCUUACCUGUCUCCAUUCUUGCUUGUUUAA